AUGAGCUACAGCUCGCGCCAGCCUGACCUCGGGUCCAAGACAGUAUCCCCAAAGCGAUCACUUACAGACAUUCGAUCCAAGGCAGUCUCUCCAGAUCGAUGGAGAGACCCAGGCUUGCUCUUUCAGAGGGACUCUGAAUCUUCCAUGGGCUCCUCUGACCAUUCGACUCCAACGAACGGGAGUCCCCAGAUUAGAGCGACCAUUUUCGAGCCAUUCAACCGCGUCUUCUCACCAUAUUCAGAAAGCAGCGCAGCCUUCUCUCCUCCGCUUUUCCCGCUUCCUGAGGUGCCAGACACGCCAACUUCGACAUUGGGGCAAUUCGGCGAUCUCGUUCAACAAAACAUCCCCCAGAAUCCGUCGGCUACAGAAUUGGUGCAAAAAGUCUAUCAGUCUUGGAGCAGCCAGUCGCGGGAUGGACAGAGUGAGACGCAUCACAGCCAAAGUCAUAGCCGUACACGAUCGAGGCAUCAUCACUCUCAGUCGCGAUCAAGAAGUGAACAGCGCCAAGGUCGUGAAGGUCAAGAUCUUCGAGAAGUCCUAGAGAGUCCAGCGAGCCGCCAGCCGAGCCUUAGAAGGAGUGCUACACAGCAGUCCUUCGACACUCGCGACAAUCGCGAACGUAGUCAUAGUAGAAGCACUCUACAAGCGGCGGCCCAAGCUACAAGGGAGGCUCAUGAACGCAUUCAGCAUACGACCGCUGUCCACGCUUCACUAAAGGAGAUCGAGCGAAAUAGAGAAGGCGAGAAGGAGAGAAACGGGGAUCGGGAGCGAGCACGGGAAAGGGACAGGUCACAAUCUACUCACCGGAGGGGAGCGAGCGCAAAUAAGCUACGCCUCCUCGCCCAUGAAAGGAGCUACGAUAACGACCGCGAAAUCGCGACCGACAAGGUCAAUAGAUUUUUACAGUCGUUGGAACCAUCCAAGCAAGCGUUCAUGACAUUCCAGACAGCAGAGUCUCCAACGCCACAGGCAAUACCACGGUUUGCGGCAUCCGAAACAUCCCAGUCUAUGGUAUCCCAACAAACACCUGUUUUGACCAGACCUCAAACGCCUCAGUCCAUGGUCUCUCAGCCAACACAGUUCACGCCAACCCAGAACCAGACUGUUGACCACGAGAAAGAGUUGAUGCUGGAGAACCGUGGCUUGUAUCAGAGAGUUGCCGCUCUGCAACGAACAGAACGGGACCUACUUGCCGAGAACCAGGAUCUUGUCCGACAAUUGGCCAUCCUCAAGAAGCACCACGAGACCCGUCGGGAGCAAUGGCAGGAUGAGCUUCAGAGCGUCAAAGAAAGGGAGAAGAUGCUGCUCGCUGAAGCGCAACAGCUGAAAGCGCAGACCAUGCGACAGGAGAAGCAAAUCAUCGAUCUUACGAUUUCCAGCUCACAGCUGGCGCCGGCACUCGAGCCCACUCCUGGAUUGUUGUCCAACCAGGAAAUCAAAGCCUGGUUCGCAGAGCGCGAUGAGACAUGGUAUGCCUGGGCACGGGACUACGCAUCAAAGGAUCCGAACAGGCUAUUGACCGGCUUACACCCUCUCCAGCUUCACGAGCUUUGCGAUGGCGUCAAAGACUUCGUCAAGAUCACAGAUGAUCACAAGCUGCCCAGCGAGCUUCUGGUCGGGAGUACCGAGAUGGUCCAGACAUUGCUGCACAGCAUACUAGCCAAUUUCAUUUGCUCAGAAGCGCUGUCCUCUCCUUUCUGGGUCUUCAACGCCAUCUCAUCUGGAACCCCUGAGAGUCCCUACAUGGCUCCAACUACAGCCAUCUCACCUGGCGGCUUUCACUUUGACUUCUCAAUGUCAAACGCCAUACCGUCUCGCAACCUCUACGUCCCAUCAGCUCAGAACGCACGAAAACCGCUCUCCCUGCUCACUACAAAUCUGCCGUUGAACCACCACCACGAUCCCAUCAGCGCAUCAAGCUUGGCCUAUCCCAUGAAAGCUGAAAUGGAAAACAUGUUCCAUAUGCUCACCAAGGCUCAAGGCGAAGAUCCAACCUCCUCCACAUCCCCCGCCCACGUUCAAGCCUCCCUAGUUCACCUCUUCGCUACCGCUGGCAUCUCCCUCCCCUCUUCCUCCACGUCAUCCUCCUCCUCCUCCGCCAACGGUAUCGAAGCCAAACGCAUGCUCAUCGAGUCCCGUCUGAACUACGCCCGCCGCCUCAAAGAUCGCUUCCUCUCCGGUGUUGCCCGUUUCCUGCUGCAGGAUCAAGAUCCAGCGGGCAUCGUCAGACUGGAGCGCUCGUUGACGGAGCACAUCGAUGACGCAUUGAGGUUCUCUUGCCAGUUUUGGGCGAGGCCGGGACCGAUACGGUUUCAUGCGGGUUUCGCGGCGUUGGGAGGGCAGGUGUACAAGGCAGGUGGAAGGUUGGUGGAGUUAUGUUGGGCGCAGCAGCAAGGUUUGGAGAGAACGAUGGCUGGGCAGACACCGCAGCCGCCGGGAAACGAUGAUGGAAAACAAGUGUUGAUGGUUGUGCAGCCAGCUGUUGAGAGUUUGAAGAUUGGGUCCGGUGGUGAUGAUGAUAUUGAUACGAAGCCGAGCAAGACGUCAAAAGUGUGGUUGAAGGCUCGGGUUCUGGUAGGACAUGGAACCCCAGCACCACAAAUCCCAGUGCCGACUGCGCAGGGGCAAUUGAUGUCAAUAUCACACGCACGCAGCAACACGUCUUCUAGCAUCAUAGGAACGGGAGGCGCGGCGGAGUUACAUGUGAUGACAAGGUCUACGACUAUGUCGGAGAAGAGCACGUCGGUGGCUGGUAAGGUGGGUCUUAGAGAUGAAGCAUGUAAUGCGCAGUGGGACGGGCUCAAGAUGGCAUGGAGCUAG